AUGGGCCAGGACGAGCGCUGUAUUGUGUGUGGUUAUGCUGAUGGCGCUGUUGUCGCCUACGCGCUGCAUUUCGGUGUUGCUGAUGGCUGCAAGAGUCUUGUGGGGUUGGACAAGCAAGCCCGAGAACGCGAGCGCGCUGCCUUGGCACAGGCGACCAAGCGCGACUUGCUCCGCAACAAAAGACGGGAGGAGCUUCUACCAGCUUUUAUGCGUGGAAAUGGCGGUGCUGAAGGCACCCUGUGGGCACGCCAGGGAAAGUCUGCAAUGCCCGAGGAGCCUUGCAUCACGCACAUGCAGGAGCGGUUUUCGCUGCUGAAGCAAACGUGCGUCAGUGGUGACGAGAAGGCAACCUGCUGGACUUCGUUCGAGCGAGUUGGAGAAUCGUGGAGUCGACUGGGCUUCCAGCGUCCAGACCCUACCACUGACUUCCGUGCGGGUGGCAUGUUGAGUUUGGACUGCUUGGUCUACUUCGCAUCACACUACACGUCCCACGCUGUGCGCAUGGUAACGAGCCAAGUUCCCGGAUCGCACGACAACACGUAUCCGUGGGGUCCUGCAGGCAUCAAUGUGACGUGCAUGGUGGCCCGUCUCUUCUGGAAGUUCGACGGCGAGCUUGUUCGUGAACGACAAGCCAAUUGGCCCUUGUUCUAUGACAGCGAGGCCUUCCACCUGCUCUUCUCGGAGGUGUUUGUUCUUUUCGACUUCCUCUGGAACGAGAUGAACGCCAACUAUGGCAACUUCUCCAUGGUUAUUCAGGCGACCAGCGAUCGGAUCAUGGAUGUUCUUGAAGAUGCUCAAGGCGACAUCAACGUCAUUUUGAUGGAGCUACGCUCGCAGAGUCUGUCGACGACGGGCAAGCAACGACGAGCCUCGUCGCGGUCUAUGGAGGAUUUCCUCACAACCAUCAACACAAACAUCACCGAUGCCUCCGCUGCGGUCAACGAGGGACUCACCGCCUCGGACGGCUCCAGCUUCCCGCCGUCCACCCCGCCUGACAAGUCGCCACGGUCCUCGUGGUCAUUCACCUCUCAGGUCUCGCAGUCUCCGGCGCCAGUUGCCACGGGCAAUUUGGUGCCUGACUUGAAUGACCCCUUCGCUGGCAACGAUAUCCGAGGGUUCGAGGAGAAGCCGCCGUCGCCGCCGCCAGUGCAGAGUGACGAUCCCUUUGCGUGCUUGAUGUAA